AUGGAGCACGAGGAGCAGGAACGAGAAGAGGGGCAAGAGGUGGUAGUGGGAGAGGUCGAAAAAAAGGAAGAAGAGCGACAGCUGACGGAGGGGUGGAGUGCGGCAGAGGCAGAGGCCAAAGCGGAUGAAGCUGACCGGGUGCGAGGCUCCUUUCUGGGUCUGGCCUGGGGCGACGUGUUCGGGUGCCCGGUCGAAGGCUGGCGCUCUGGAGCCAUCCAGCAGGUGUACGGGGACUAUGUGGAGCUGCCGUCAGAGCACUCAGUGGCUACCAUCGCUGCGCUCGGCCGGGGCUACAUCCGCAAGCUUCGGCCCAUCGGCCUGUACUCGGACGACACGCAGCAAUGCAUGGUGCUGAUCCAGUGCUGUCUCUUUGGCAAGGACCAGCCCGAGCCCAGUGAACACGCCGAAGACAGCGAUGAAGACGACGCUUCGGAAUCGAGCGAAGAAGGCGAAACUGCAGAGGUUGCCGACGCAUCGGUGCCACCACCUUCAGCAGUGGCGACGACUGCUGCGGCCCCGGCGGCCGCCAAGCCGCUGCCCAAGGGAAUGGGCCGAGUGCUGAGCGGACCCGGACCCGAGGUGCGAGUCGAGUGGAACGCGCGCCGGUGGGGCCGCACGCUGGGCCUCAUGUUCCGCCGCGACGCCCUGCGCGACUACGGGCGCCACUUCAAGGAGGCCGUUUCCAAGCUCAGUCACAACAUCCCCCCACAGCAGUCCGGCAGCAAGUCCGAGGGCAUGGGCGCCGCCAUGCGCAUCGGUGCGCUGGGAGCGCUGUUUCGCAAUGACCCGGAGACGCUGGCGGCGUGCGCGUGGGAGGCGAGUCUGGCGACCCACGCCACGCUUCCCGCGGCAUCGAUGGCCUACGCCGUGGCCUACGCCGUGGCGUGCUUGGUCAAGGGCCUUGGCGUGGCUGAGGUGCGGGACAGGUUGCCAGGCGCGGUGGCCGCUCGUGAGAAGCAGUGGCUGCUGGACCAGGGCAAGUGGGAGAUCUGGGCGUCCACCGACAACUGCCACCUGAUUUCCCAUUGCCUCCGCACCGUCUUCACCGAAUGCGACAUGACCGAUCGAGCAGGUUUGCGUGCGUUCCUGUCGGAGAACGCAAAGCCGCACCUGGCCGAGGGCUUUGUGAAGGCCCACCCCAACCAGGGCCACGUGCUUCUGGGCGGCGCUCAUGGCUUGAUCAUGGCCCUUCUGCCCGACAUCGAGCCGCAAGAGAUACUAAGGGAAAUCAUUGUGCUUGGUUAUGACACAGACACUGUGGCCGCCAUCUGUGGCAGUGUCCUGGGCGCCCGCUUCGGUACCGGCUGGAUUCCGAUGCAUCGCCUGCUCGAGCGCGAGCGUCUGGAGACCUACGCCAAAGCACUCGUCACCGGUACUACCGCUGACAAACGGCGGCCACAUGAACUGGAGACGCUCGAGGAGCUAGUCGAGAAGGAGGUCAAGCUCACGGCCUGGGGCAGGAGCGUGAAGCGACAGAACGGCCUGGGCAAGAAGAAUGCGCAUGUCCAGGGAGGCGCAGGCGCGGGUGGAGAUGCAGAAGGGGACGAGAAGGGCGAGGACAGCGGACGAGGCGGACGAGGGAAGAGCGGCAAGAAGGAGCGCAAGGGCAAGGGCAAGAACAAGGGGCGACGAGACGGCGAGUAUCACUGA